GGCGGCGGCUGCCGGGCGGUGUCGUGCGGCCCCCCGCGCCCGUGCGGGGACUAUGAAGCACCAUGGUGUGGUGUGACCGUGGCGUCCAGAUGCUGCUGACCACGGUGGGCGCCUUCGCCGCCUUCAGCCUCAUGGCCAUCGCCAUCGGCACCGACUACUGGCUCUACUCCAGCGCCCACAUCUGCAACGGCACCAACAUCACCACGGACGAGACGCAGGGGCCGCCGCGGCGGGCGCGGGGCGACCUCACGCAUUCGGGGCUCUGGAGGAUCUGCUGCCUCGAAGGUAUCUACAAAGGACAUUGCUUCCGAAUCAACCACUUCCCUGAAGACAAUGACUAUGACCAUGACAGCUCAGAAUACCUUCUCCGCAUCGUCCGUGCCUCCAGUGUGUUCCCCAUCCUAAGCACAAUAUUGCUGUUGCUGGGAGGACUCUGUGUUGGAGCAGGAAGGAUUUACAACAGCAAAAACAAUAUUAUUCUCAGCGCUGGUAUUCUCUUUGUUGCAGCAGGACUAAGUAAUAUCAUAGGGAUCAUUGUCUACAUAUCAAGUAAUGCAGGUGACCCAAGUGACAAGCGAGAUGAGGACAAGAAGAACCAUUACAACUAUGGUUGGUCUUUUUAUUUUGGAGCCUUGUCUUUUAUCGUGGCCGAAACCAUAGGUGUUCUGGCUGUGAACAUUUAUAUUGAGAAGAACAAAGAGCUGAGGUUUAAGACCAAGAGGGAAUUCCUUAAGACUUCUUCCAGUUCUCCUUAUGCCAGGAUGCCAAGUUAUAGGUAUAGGAGGCGGAGGUCCAGAUCCAGUUCUCGAUCUACAGAGCCUUCUCCAUCUAGAGACAUUUCUCCAGUUGGCAUGAAGAUAGCAAGCACCAUUCCCAUGAACGAAAUUUCCAUGUAUACCCUUUCCAGAGAGCCUUUGAAGGUUACAACAGCUGCCAGCUACAACGCAGACCAAGAAGCCAGUUUUCUGCAGGUUCACAACUUCCUUCAGAAGGAAUUUAAGGAAGGACUCCAUGUCAACAUGGUAAACAGGAGAACAACACCUGUUUGAAGUACCUUCCUUCCUCACACUUUUUGAAGAAAUAUUGAAACAGAAUGGAUCUGUCAUGAAAGAGAAGGAGUGAUGACAAAAUACCCUCUCACCUCUUUAAUUGUGGCGUGUGUGGAGAUCCUCUGGACCAACAUAAAGAUAUUACACGCUCGUAGCUUUUCCUGAAGCUAUCUGAAGUUUGUUUCUUUCAGUUCUUGGUGUCAUGAGAUGAAGGCGAUUCAUGUUCCUGCACUUCUGUAGUGUGUACAAAGCCUUGGAGAAACUGCAAAGGAGUUGUCACCUGUGUGUUUUAAAGGAUUACAGAAAAAAUUGUCGUACAAUUUUUUUUUUUCUAAAAUUGAGAUCCCUUAAUACAAACUCGCAAAUAUAAUUUAUAACCAAGCCCAAGGAUGAAUACAAACUACUCAUCAAGUGAGCCACCUUCCUUUGACACAGCAUAAGCUUUGCCUCUUUCAAAAAAAAAAAAAAG